CCCCCACUAGGUACCGAGCCAAGAUGGGUAUCAAGCACCUCUUCCAGAUCAUCUCCGAAAACUCACCAGAUGCCGUCAAGACGGGCGAGAUCAAAAACCAGUUCGGCCGCAAGGUCGCGAUUGACGCCUCCAUGAGCAUCUACAGCUUUUUGAUCGCCGUGCGCUCCGACGGCCAGCAGCUCAUGAACGAGACCGGCGAGACCACUUCACACCUCAUGGGCAUGUUCUACCGCACUCUGCGCAUGGUCGACAAUGGAAUCAAGCCGCUCUACGUCUUCGAUGGCGCGCCUCCCAAGCUCAAGUCUGGCGAAUUGGCCAAGCGAUUCCAACGCAAGUCCGAGGCGCAAGAAUCCCACGAGGAAGCCAAGGAGACUGGUACAGCCGAGGAGGUGGAGAAAUUCUCUAGGAGAACAGUCCGAGUGACGCGGGAGCACAACGCCGAAUGUCAGCGCUUGCUGACACUUAUGGGGGUUCCGUACAUCAUCGCUCCUACCGAAGCCGAAGCUCAGUGUGCCGUACUCGCGCGAGCCGGAAAGGUUUAUGCGGCAGCCUCGGAAGAUAUGGACACUUUGACGUUCGACUCGCCAGUCCUCCUCCGCCACCUCACGUUCAGUGAGCAGAGGAAGGAGCCCAUCCAAGAGAUACAUCUCGACAGGGUUUUGGAGGGAUUGCAGAUGGACAGGAAACAGUUCAUCGAUCUUUGCAUCCUUCUCGGUUGCGAUUACGUUGACCCCGUUAAGGGGAUCGGCCCUAGCACCGCGCUCAAGCUCAUCCGCGAACACAAGGAUCUGGAAGGCGUCGUCAAGCAUUUCGAGACCUCCAAGAAGUACACGCUUCCUGAAGAUUGGCCUUACCAGGAUGCCCGUCUCUUGUUCCUUGAGCCCGAGGUUCGGGACGCUGACCACCCUGACUGUAAUUUCAAAUGGGAUGCGCCAGACGUCGAUGGCCUCAUCAAGUUCCUCGUCGAGGAGAAGGGCUUCAAUGAGGAUCGCGUUCGCAGUGGUGCAGCAAGAUUGCAGAAAAACCUGAAGAGCGCACAGCAGAGCCGCUUAGAGGGAUUCUUCAAGCCAGUUCCGAAGACUGCUGAGGAGCAAGCUAGUCUCAAGCGAAAGAACGACGAGAAGCUUGCCGACAAGAAAAAGAAGCAGAAGGUUGCGGCUCAAGAGAAAAAGGCGGCCAAGGCCAAGCCUAGGGCUACGGCUUGAAGUUGCUCACAUGCAUCUGAAGCGCGAUCAAUUGUAGGGCAUAAGUCCCUAAGACGACUGAAAAUUGGGCGUUAAUAUGGUCAAUGGCUUAACUGCUAGAGCAUUUGGGCGGAUGGCGUUGGAGGCUAUUUGAUGUUUGCUACUGGCAUGCGGGAAGUGGGGUUACCACGCGAGCGAAGGCACAGACAAAAUAGCUAUAUUUUUACGGGAUAAGGGUGUUAUGCUCACUGCUGUUAAGGAGCGGAGAGUUCUUUGCUGCGAUGAAAUAGCACCACAUCAUAGCUUAAUGCAAAGGACUAACGUCCGUCAUCGUC